AUGGCCAUUCAAAUCGUCGACGUCCAGACGCUCAAUCAGUCCAGACAUUUGGAUCUGCAGAGCGACCUCUCCCAGCAGCUUGUUGACGGCUUAACUCGGCCGCAUGGCGAAAAGGAAAUCCCCACCGUGCUCUUAUACGACGAACGAGGGUUAAGACUCUACGACGCCAUCACGACCGAAGUCUCGGAAUACUACCUCUUUGGCGCCGAGGAGGAAAUCCUCAAGAAUAAAGCCGAUGAGAUUGUUCGGACGAUGCACAGUGGAUUGGGGGACGGGGAUCCAGACUCGGAGGUCGUCCUCGAAUUAGGCGCCGGUUCUCUAAGGAAGACCUCCCACAUUCUCGCAGGGCUUUCACGCAUCGUUCCUAGCCAGUGCGAUACAGCGCCGAUCACCUACUACGCCCUCGAUCUUGAAGAACGCGAACUUCAGCGAGUACUAGACUCCAUAUCAAACUCAAGCGUUGGAGAGAUGUUGCGAGGAAAAGUAGAAACGAAGGGCCUCUGGGGCACUUACGAAGACGGGCUGAAGUUUGUAGAAGACGAGGGUUCUCCCAUCAGCAGCCAUUCAAAUUCCCCUACUAGCCAAUCUUCGAGAAGAGAGUUGGGGCCGCCAUCACCGACCCCCAGAUCGGGAUCGAGUUCCCCACUGCAUAUUCUAUUCUUAGGUUCGUCGUUGGGGAACUUUGACCGCAAGGAUAGCGUCAAGUUCUUGCAGUCCAUGCCCCUUCGCCCUGGCUCAGGCGAUACGCUACUAAUUGGUCUCGAUCACGAUAACGAUAAGACGUUGAUCGAAGAGGCGUACAAUGACCGCAAAGGAUAUACGAAGACGUUCAUCAUGAACGGGUUGAGAGCGGCUGGACGUGCGCUAGGAAACGAGGAUAUGUUUGAAGAAGACAAAUGGGAAUAUGUUAAUAGAUAUAAUGAGGCGGAGCGUCGGCAUGAGGCAUAUUACAAGUCCAAGUGUCCCCAGAAACUCGAAGAUCCGAAGGCGGAACAUGGCUACGAGUUCCUUGAAGAUGAACUAGUCAAAAUCGAGGUCUCCUAUAAGUACUCGGAAACCGAUGCCUAUAGCCUAUUCACUGACUCGGGCCUCCGCCCUAUCCAACGUUGGACAGACAGUGCCACCCAGUACUCCCUUUGGCUACUCGAGCGUCCCCCCUUUAUGUUCCCCCUUUUGAAGUCCCCAAUCGCCUUCAAUGGCCUCGGCGAGAUCGUCAAAAACUUUCCCCUCUCCAACACGCCCUUCGGCGUUCCUUCACCCCAAGAAUGGUCAAACCUGUGGGCCGCUUGGGACUUCGUGACCUUGAAGAUGAUUCCACCCUCGAUGCUCCACGUGAAGCCUAUCCACCUGAGGCACAUAUGCCUAUUUUAUCUGGGCCAUAUCCCGACGUUCUUGGACAUCCAUUUGAGUCGCUUGCUGAAAGAACCGCACACGGAGCCUGAAAGUUUCAAGUAUAUCUUUGAGCGAGGGAUUGAUCCUAAUGUGGACAACCCGGCCGAAUGUCAUCCCCAUUCAGAGGUUCCGCAGAAUGAAGGCGAUUGGCCUUCGCUUGAAGCUAUAUUAUCCUUUCAAGCCCAAGUCCGCUCAAGGCUUUUGCAUCUCUACGACGAUGUCUUGACAGGAAAGAAGGUGUUGACGCGAAAGGUCUGUCGCAUAUUGUCAAUGACUUUCGAACACGAGGCUUUCCACAUUGAGACGUUGCUCUACAUGCUUUUGCAAGCCGCCGGAAACGGGACUACCCCUCCCCCAGGAUUCACACCUCCACCCUGGAGCUCGCUUUCCGCAAACUGGAACGCUCUCCCAGCGUUGGAAAACACGACAGUUACUCUGGGUCCGGAAAUCGUAGCAUUAGGCCACGACGACGAUGAAAGGGAGGAUGAAGACCCUGCGUUCAUCACUGACGUGAAAGAUCACGAAUUUGCAUGGGAUAAUGAGAAUCCCAAGCGUCAGGUCGAAGUCAAGCAGUUCAAGAUUGAGUGGAGGCCGGUCACGAAUGGCCAGUUCUACGAAUUCUACAAAGAGUAUAAGGACGACAUGAAGCUCCAAUUACCGGCCAGUUGGUUGGAGACAGAUGAUAAGAUGAUGGUUCGCACCCUGUACGGCCCUGUACCUAUGAAAGUGGCGCAGAACUGGCCGGUCGUCAUUUCGUACGAUGGCUUGUCUGCCUAUGCGAUCGUUAAAGGCGGAAGGCUUCCAACCGAGCCUGAGCUUCGUCUCUUCCUAGAUAAAUUUGAGAGCGGCUACGAAGGCGGCGCAAAUGUUGGGUUCCGUAACUGGCAUCCCGUUCCCGCAACGACCGGCGGGAAGAAGUACGGUGGAAAAGGUCACAACGGCGGCGUCUGGGAAUGGACUUCAACUACGCUCACGAAACACGAUGGAUUCGAACCAUCUAAGCACUACCCAGGAUUCACGGCGGAUUUCUUUGACGGAUGUCACAACGUGAUUUUGGGCGGGUCAUACGCAUUCAUCCCUCGCAUGGCUGAAAGGCGCAGUUUGCGCAACUGGUACCAGAGGAACUACCCGUAUGCUUGGACGGGAGGGCGAAUUGUUUACGAUAUUUGA